GUCGGCCGGUCGCCGUGGGAGACGCGUGGCCCCCGCCCGGCAGUCGGCGCCCGAUUCGUCCCGCCCGGCAGCCCAGCCGCGGGGCCCAGUGGUGAACCCGCGGGCUAAUGAGCCGCCGCGGUGGGGUCGGGGCGGCGGCGGGGUUCAGCGAGGAGUGCGAGGAGGACGAUGAGGAAGAGGAGGCGCCGGAGGUCGGCGCGGUGGGCUCUCCGGGGUCCAAGCUACCUCCCAUCGCGGGCAGCACCUCAGAACCGGUCAAACGGAAGGUGAAGAAGAAAAAGAAGAAGAAGAAGAAGAAGACCAAGGGGUCGGGCAAGGGGGACGCAGAUAAACAUCAGAGUCGAGGCCUGAAGAGUCAGCCACUUUCUUCAUCCUUCCAUGACAUCUUAAAUCCCAGCAAAGACCAUGGCGCCAAGUCAGAGCCCAAACCGGACAAAGAGGUAAACAAGCACAGCCCUUCCUACUCCUGCACUGUGGUGAGCCUGCCCCCCUUUGCCGAAGUGGAAGAGAACCUUUCCAACCAAAUCAACGAGAGCCUGCGUUGGGAUGGAAUUCUCGCUGAUCCAGAGGCAGAAAAAGAAAGGAUUCGCGUAUAUAAAGUGAACCGGAGGAAGCGGUACCGGAUUUUGGCUCUCAAGAGCUUCCACGAGGAUCCCUCUGCUGAGGACAGCCCUGAGAACUUACCCUACCUCUCAGACAAGGACUGCAGGGCCAGCAGCAGGCCACCAGCGGCGAAAACCGACUGCUCUCAUCACUUCUUAGAAGGAAAUCUCUCUGCGAAGCUCCUACCCUCUGAUAUAGGCACUACUGUGCCAGAGUGAAGUCUACCCUCAACAAUGAGGAGUGUCUCCUUACCACAAAUUUAUGUUUUUAAAAAGAACCAUAAUAAAAGAAAAUCAGACUGGUAUGGGAAUGCAGUAAAAGUAGGGAGUACGGAGAAGACCAGCCUCUCCUUCACCCCGAGGCUCCGAAGUGCCUGGGAAAGUCACAUUCCUGAAGAACCCAGGCAACUCAGCAGACUCGGUGCUCUCCAGAAUUGCCUUUUUCUUAAACUGGCAUCUCUCUUUGUUGUGUAAUUUCUCAUCACAGUUAGCUGUCUAUAAUCUGCCCCCAAAAGGAAAAGAAACUGUGGAUUAUGUAAAUUCUCAGUCUCAAACUAAGUUCAUGGAUAAAACUCAUAUAGUGCAUGCAUCUGUCGACCCAAGAAAAUGCCCUGAAUAUCCUGGAGACUUUGAAUUAAACACACUACUUAAACUUACAUGACCUUCAGAA